ACAUAUAUUAAUUUGUUAGACCAUAAGGGAUAAGACUUUUAAGGUCUUUAUUCUGUUUCGGCCCAGGCCCAUGAAUUCUCGGGACCGGCCUUGGAAAUCUAUAUUUGUGCGUUCUAUGAAUUUUGAAGAUGCGAGGGACUAAUUUCCUAGGGUUGUUUGACUGGAUGGAGAAAUGUUCAAAUCAGCCUUUGAAAGUCUGAAAUAGAACUUGAAUUGAUCUAUUUGAUUGGGUAGAGUUUGUUUUUUAGCUCUCCUAUUUCCCAUUGCAGAAGCUUGCUAUGCAUGCUUUCAUCAAUCUUCUUCUUUUUUCUUUAAGGUUGAAAAAACAUGGCCACAUUGAAGGAGAUCAUAACUCGGCGUCCCUUAGCAGCGACGAUCCGACUAAGGGUUGAUGCUGGCGCGGCAAAACCAGGGCCACCAGUGGGUCCGGCCUUGGGUCAAUACAAGCUGAACUCCAUGGCUUUCUGCAAGGACUUCAAUGCCCGGACGCAGAAUUACAAGCCAGGAACGCCAAUGUCUGUCACCAUUUCGGCCUUCAAGGAUGGAACAUUCGAAUUCACCGUGAAGUCACCUUCGGUCAUGUGGUACCUGAAGAAGGCGGCUGGGGUGGAGAGCGGCAGCAGCCGUCCUGGCCAUGUCACCGCCUCAACCAUAACCCUAAAGCAUGUGUAUGAGAUCGCGAAGAUCAAGCAGAGCGACCCUUAUUGCCAGUACAUGUCUCUGGAGUCCAUUUCUAAGUCCAUUAUUGGCACUGCCAACUCGAUGGGGAUUAAGGUGCAGAGAGAACUGGACUAAGGCGCGUUUGGUAAGGUUUAUUUUUUUACUGAAAUGAUGCGAUGUCUUUGUUUUUUGGGGAAUCAAACGAGUGUUUUUUUCAAUAUACAUUACUUCUUCCAUGGUGCUGUCUAAUUGAGUGUUUUGAAUCAUUAGCAUUGUUGUCCUUAUUGUUCACAAGCUCUCCAGCUUUGUGACCUUGUGGGAUUUUUGUGGUUUCAUUUUUUGCCCUUUUAUGUGCUCUAAAAUUUGGAUAAAAUCAAAUUGAAUUUGGAUCACACAUAAGUAAAAUAGUAAUUAAGAU